AUGCAUGUAGAAACUCUUCAUACACAAUUAGAAACUAUCACUAAAGAGGCACAAAAACGUACCUUAGAUAUUCAGCAGUACGUCAAAGAUCAUGCAACAGACGCUGACACAGCACAACUGAACAAAUGUAGUGCGCUUAAAGAAUAUGCACAUUCUACUCAUACUUUUAUUUCAGAUAUAUUACUGGCGAAAAUGGCUGAAAAUAAUGAAAUGCAACGUGCAUCGUCAGCGGACUUGCAUCUGACUAUAGCUAAAGAAAAAAAGAAGCAGCAGAGUGAUCAAACUCUAAUUCGAGGAUUACGUGAACUCAAAAAAAAAUUGCCUACAUUAAUACUACAAUUGACAGAUCGUGCUCAUUCAGCUAUUGUUAGACAAAAA